ACAUUUGGGAGGCUCCGGGCGGUGAGGAGGAAGUGGACCCGCCAUUUUCUUGCAAGCCUCCGGUCCAUUUAAACCCAGCAGUGGGAGGUGACAGGGAAGACUAGAGGCAGACACAAGGGGAGGAGGGAGAGUAAAGUGAGUGAGUGAGAGAGAGAGAGAGAGAGAGAGAGAGUGUGUGUGAGAGUGUAUGUGUGUGUAAGAGUGGAAGUGGAAAUACAGGGAAGUGGUGGAGAGAGAGGGGACCUACAAACAAAUCAAGAUACAUUCUUUUUAUAAGCAUACUCAUCUGUCAGAAAUAUUGAAAGCACUGAGACUUUAUUCCUAUUGCCGUGAUUGGACCAGCCACUGAGGAUAUUUACAGUUGUGUUUUUUGAUUUUUUUUGUUUUGUUUUUUGGCGAGGGGGAUGUCAUUUUGCUCUGCCCUGAAUACAGUCAGUUUUUUCUUACUGGUGAUUUCUGCUUGGGGGGGAGAGGGGGGGAAAACUGUCCGAAUAGAACCGUUGGACCCCCCCAGUGGAAUCUUGAAAAUAUUGAGGACAAAAAAAGACAUAUUCCAUAUUUAAUCCCUUUAAUUAAAAGACGAAGAUGUCUGGCCAAAGCAUUACAGACAGGAUAACCGCGGCUCAACAUAGUGUUACCGGGUCUGCUGUCUCCAAAACUGUGUGCAAGGCCACCACACACGAAAUUAUGGGACCUAAAAAGAAACACUUGGAUUACUUGAUCCAGUGUACAAAUGAAAUGAAUGUAAACAUCCCACAACUGGCUGACACACUUUUUGAAAGAACUACAAAUAGCAGCUGGGUAGUGGUGUUCAAAGCUCUGAUCACAACACACCAUCUGAUGGUUUAUGGUAAUGAGCGAUUUAUCCAGUAUCUGGCAUCAAGAAAUACAUUGUUCAACUUGAGCAAUUUUUUGGACAAGAGUGGUCUUCAAGCAUAUGACAUGUCAACCUUUAUAAGACGAUACAGCAGAUAUCUGAAUGAAAAGGCAGUUUCAUACAGACAAGUUGCUUUUGACUUCACAAAAGUUAAAAGAGGAGCUGAUGGUGUAAUGAGAACUAUGAACACAGAAAAGCUUCUUAAAACUAUACCAAUAAUUCAAAAUCAAAUGGAUGCUCUUCUUGAUUUUAAUGUUAAUGCCAAUGAGCUGACAAAUGGUGUGAUCAAUGCUGCCUUCAUGCUGCUUUUCAAAGAUGCCAUUAGACUGUUUGCAGCUUACAAUGAGGGAAUCAUUAACCUUCUUGAAAAAUACUUUGAUAUGAAGAAAAACCAGUGCAAAGAGGGGCUUGAUAUUUAUAAAAAAUUCCUCACAAGAAUGACCAGGAUCUCUGAAUUCCUCAAAGUUGCAGAAUGGGGAAUUGAUCGAGGAGAUAUUCCUGACCUUUCUCAGGCACCUAGCAGCCUUCUUGAAGCUUUAGAACAAACACUUGCUUCAUUAGAAGGCAAAAAAGUCAAAAGAUCAACAGCUGCAAGCAGGGCUAGCACUCUAUCAAAUGCUGUUUCAUCUCUUGCUAAUACUGGCAUAUCUUUCACCAAAGUGGAUGAAAGGGAAAAGCAAGCUGCACUGGAGGAAGAACAAGCUCGUCUUAAAGCAUUGAAGGAACAGCGGAUAAAGGAACUCUCUAAGAAGCCUACACCUUCCUCUGCAACAACAGCGGCCUCUCCUGUUUCCACCACUGGGGGAGCUAUUAAUACUGUUCCAGCUAUUGACCUUUUUUCAACCCCUAGCUCCACAAACAGCACAUCAAAGCUGCCAAAUGACUUGCUUGAUUUGCAGCCAACAUUUCAGACAUCAGUCCAUCCCAUUUCAACUGCGCUCCCAGUAGUUAGUACAUGGGGCGAUCCUUUCACUUCUUCUGAGGCUGUUGAUGACUCAGUUCCAAAUCUAAACCCUUUCCUUUCAAAACCUGUUGUUGAUGCUGUCCAUCUACCUGUUGUCUCGUCUGAUGCAACUAGUUUUUCUUCUAGAACACCCAGUCAUGAAGUGUUUGGUGAUCAGUUCAAUCCAUUUAUUGAUUCAAGCUCAUCUGUUGCAACAAAUUAUGAACACACAGUUCGGAUAGAGCUGUUUACCUCAGACUCCUUCUGUGGCCCAACUACUUAUCCUAAUGCUUCCCUCUUUCAAACUGAACCCUCUGCCGUAGCUGGUCUAUUUGGAGGGUUUACUUCAGCUUCACAACCGCAGACAUCGGCAAGCCUUAUUGUUGAUUUUGAUUCAGUGUUUGGCAAUACAUCUUCAUCAGCUAACGACAUAGACACAGCUGGUGGAAUUUUGAAACCAUCAGUGGCCUCUCAAAACCAGACUCUGCCAAUGUCCAAACAACAGCCUAGCAAACUGGUGUCAGAUGAUCUGGACUCCUCACUAGCAAACCUCGUAGGCAAUCUGGGAAUUGGGAAUGGCACAACAAAAAAUGACAUACAUUGGAGUCAGCCUGGUGAGAAAAAGUUAACAGGGGGGACUAACUGGCAACCAAAGAUUGCACCCACCACAACCUGGAACCCUGCCACCAUGGCGCCUUCUGUUAUGGCCUUUCCUGCAACAACACCAACUGGAAUGAUGGGAUAUGUAAUGCCACCUCAAGUUGGAGCCAUGCCAAUGAUGACACAACCCACUAUGAUGUACACCCAGCCUGUCAUGAGGCCACCCAAUCCUUUUGGACCCGUGCCUGGUGCACAGCUCUCUGCAGCUUCUAGUCCUUCCAGUCAGAGUCCUCUCCGAGCUCCAGGAAAGGAUCCCUUUGCAGAGCUUUCUCUCAAGGAUUUCUUAUAGAACAUCUUUAGAUGCAGUUUAUGUAGUCUGAAGAAAUCAAUCCAUUCUGAAAGAGUGAUACUGCACAACAGUGAAGUCACCUUUGCCGUUUGUACUCUUCAGUGACAAUUCCAGUUUUAAGUAUGGACACACUAAGGAUAACAGGAGUGAUAACGUGGGGUGAGGGUGGGGGUGGGUAGGCGGGAAUAGUGGCCUGGAUAUAAACCUUGUCAUUUUUUUUAUUGUGUCUAAAACAGUAGCUAUAAGCUACUGUUACUGCCCGUACCUGGCGACACUUGUACUCUGCAACUUCUGUAAAGAUAGAAAUGAGUGCCGAAAAAAGGACUUAGGUAUUUGCUGUCAUUUAUAAGAAAUGUCUUGGGUGUAACGUUAAGCUGUUCUUUUCUUUGCAAGGGGAAUCAUUUUAACACUUGAUCUACCCAUAAAAAUGCAGAACUUAAACUGUCACAAAUGAGAUGCUCAUUACAUUUACCAUUAUGAUUUCUUUUUUAUUUGAUUUAAACAAAAAAAAACUUUUUUUACUGUAUUAAGUUUGCAUUAGACAUUCCUUGUGUAUUAUUGUUUGUAUUUAUUUAUGAUUAUCAGAUACAAUGUUUAAAAAAAAAAAAAAAAAAAAAUCAUCUUCAGAAAACGUCCUCAUGAGUGAUUCCGGAUUAUGCUUGUAAGUGACUGAUUGAAUCUUUGGGAGCGAUUGAUUCUUAAAAGGACUGAACACCUCUAAACGAACUGUUUGAGCACUAAAUAUCUUCGAAAGCAGUUUGAAUGACGUCUAUUACAACUCUUUGUAGCUCAGAAUCUCACAGCCCUGCCUAUGUAAUGGGAUAUAAGGAAAACUAUAUGAUUUAUUAAUCCACAUAGUCAAUUCUGUGCCUAGGAUUUUGCAAGGGAACAUCUAACUGACUAGCAAAGCACUACAUUUGUAAUUCAGCAGUAUUGCAUUGGGAAGGAUCUGUAUUGCUUUAUGCUUGGCAUGUCAUUAUUUUACAUUGACGAUUUUACGGCUGCCUUUCCAAACUGAAUGUAAGAGUUGCCUUCAUGUUACAACUAUCCUUCAGUUUACUUGCACUUCAGCAGUCAGAACAUUAUGAAAUAUUAGACAUUGACAUAUUUUCUAUAGUUGGCAUCUUUAAAUAAUGAAAUUAAAAUCAUAAGGGAAAAUACAUUUUCUUUGUAAAUUUUUUUAGUAACAGGGUACAGGUAAAUAGAAGGCUCAGCACUGUUGAUCGGUGCUUUGUGUAUAUAUAUCAAAACCUUGUCGAUCUGAGGGACGUGAAGGAUAGUCUGAAAAAUGAAGGCAGUUCUCUUCAUUAAUUUACCAUAUUUGCUGCAUUGUCCUUGCAGAUUCUAUUUUUGUUUAUUAAAAACAAAACUGUAUGUAAGCGGAAAUGGGUUGAUUUUCAAAUAAAGUGCUGCUUCCACAAAAAAAAAAA